AUGCCAAAGAACUACCAGCAUAACUUGGCCUUGGCAUUUGCAGUCAAAGAGAUCAAUGAAAAUACCAACAUCUUGUCAAACUUCACUUUGGGUUUCCACGUCCUCAAUAGUUACUAUACUGCACGGAUGACCUACAAAGCUACCCUGAGUUUGCUUUCUGCACAACAGAGGUUCAUACCCAAUUUCAAGUGUGAUACAGAACAUAAACUGAUAGCAGUUAUUGGAGGACUGGACUCUGACAUCUCUGCCAAUAUGGCCACCAUCCUGGCCACCUACAAGGUGUCUCAGCUCACUUAUGGAUCACUUUUACCAGCUCAGGAUGGCAAAAUGUUAUGCCCUUAUUUGUUUCAAAUAGUUCCAGAUGAAACCUUUCAGAUCAUGGGUGUUAUUCGAUUACUUCAUCAUUUCAGAUGGACAUGGAUUGGACUUGGAGUUUUGGAUGAUGACGCUGGUGACAGAUUUUUGCACAGUGUGGUAUCCAUACUUUCUGAGAAUAGUAUUUGUUUUGAUUUUAUAAUAAGAUUGCCACCAUUAACAUAUCUGGAAGAGGAGGCAGACUUGGUUUUGAAGCAAGCAGUAAGUUAUGCCAUUCUCAGUAACAGCAAGGCUAAUGUAUAUGUUAUAUAUGCCCAACCUACAUCCAUGUAUGUUUUGAGACUGUUGCUGUGUGCAGCACCUUUUCUUGCACUGCCACCUCUGCAUAAAGUCUGGAUUACUACAUCCCACUGGGAUUUUGAGUCCUUUUCCUUUCAAAGGAUUUGGGAUAUAGAGGUUUUCCACGGUGCCCUAUCCUUCACAGUGCAUGCCAAUCAGCCACCUGGAUUCCAAAACUUCCUUCAGGUCAUCAAUCCUACUUGGGCAAUAGAAGAUGGUUUUAUCCAGAACUUCUGGGAACAAGCAUUUGAUUGUUCUCUGAGAAAUUUAACAGUACAUGGAGACAGCACAAAUGUCUGUUCUGCCAAUGAGAAGCUAGACUCUCUUCCUAUGACUUUGUUUGAAAUGAGCAUGACUGGCCACAGCUACAGCAUCUACAAUGCUGUCCAUGCUGUAGCACAUGCUUUGCAAGCUAUUUACAUAUCUCAGUCCAGUGGCAGAAGACUGGUAAAAGGAAAGCAUGUGCAGCCAUGGCAGAUCCCGCCACCUUCAGUGUGCAAUGACCCCUGCCCCCCUAGCUACAGCAGAAAAAAGAGGGAGGGAGAGAAGUUUUGCUGCUAUGACUGUCAUCCAUGUCCAGAAGGGAUGAUCUCUGAACAGAAUGAUAUGGAUGCCUGUGUCAAAUGUCCAGGAGAUCAGUAUGCUAACAACCACCAAAACCAAUGCAUUCCCAAAGAUAAAAGCUUCCUCUCCUACAAAGAAGGUUUAGGUAUCAUCUGUGUCAUCUUGGCUAUUUCUUUCUCUCUGAUCACAGCUUUGGUGCUUGCAAUCUUCAUAAAGCAUCAGGACACUCCCAUUGUCAAAGCCAAUAACCGGAGCCUCACCUACAUUCUCCUCGUCUCCCUCCUACUUUGUUUCCUCUGCUCCUUGCUCUUCAUUGGACAGCCUGUAAAAAUGACCUGCCUUCUCCGGCAAGUUACUUUUGGUAUUGUCUUCUCUGUGGCCCUUUCCAGUGUCUUGGCCAAAACCAUCACCGUGAUUCUGGUGUUCAUGGCAACUGAACCAGGAUCUGUAAUAAGAAAAUGGGUGGGGAAAAGAAUGGCAGUUUUUAUUGUCCUUUCAUGCUCCCUUAUUCAAGCAAGUAUCUGCACUCUUUGGCUAAGUACUUCUCCUCCAUUCCCUGAUACAGACAUGCACUCAGUGACAGGGGAAAUCAUACUGGGAUGUAAUGAGGGCUCUGCUACCAUGUUUUACUGUGUCCUGGGCUACAUGGGCUUCCUUGCCACUGUCAGUUUUGCUGUGGCUUUCUUUGCUAGGAAGUUGCCUGACACAUUCAAUGAAACCAGGUUUAUUGCUUUCAGCAUGUUGGUCUUUUGUAGUGUUUGGUUGUCCUUUGUCCCAGCCUAUCUCAGCACUAAGGGGAGAUCUAUUGUGGUUGUGGAGAUCUUCUCCAUCUUGGCCUCCAGUGCAGGCAUACUGGGAUGCAUAUUCUUCCCUAAAUGCUACAUCAUUAUUUUCAGGCCUAAGAUGAACAACAGGGAGCAGCUAAGAAAUAAAAGGAAUUAA